GCAUCCUGGGACGGUUUCGAAGGCAGCCAUAUUUGUUUGUAGUGGAUACCGAAGCAGUUUUCUUUACUUUUUCUUCAAAUUACAGAGCUUUAUCGAUCAUUCCAACUCUUCUUACAAUGUGAGAGUUACAUAAACAUCACACAUGAUGAAGGAAUUCAGUUAAAGGACUUGUUUUGAUUAUUCAAGGCCGUCAGCAUGGCAUCUCCCAUUUCAGUUGGGGUGAAAAGUGCUGCAAGUGGAAGCCGAACAUCAAUAAAAGUCACACUUCCCAAACAGCGUAUUGACUCACCAUCUAGACCUACAUCCUCAGACAGACUAUACCUUACUUCACCCCCGAUGUCAAAAUAUUCAGAUUUUGAUAAUUCACCGAAUCUUGGUUCUAAACAUAACACUCCUGUGACAGGAGCAUUCUCACAUUCAAGUGGAAUACAGGCCCCCACCACUACCCCCAGAGAAACACCCAUAGUCUUGUCACACCAAGAAGUGAGUGCUAUAGUUGCUGUACGUAUAAUAGAGAGGGCAUGGUUGGCCUACAGGGACAGGCAGAUGUUUUCUCUCCUUAAACAUGCAGUUUGUGCAGCGGAACAUUCACUGACCUAUGAAAUACUGAGAAAAGUCUCGCCAAAAGAAGCAGAAUUCUUAAAAGACCCAAGUAUGAAUGUCAGAGUAAGAUUUAGGUUUGGAGGUACAGAAUUCCCUCCAAUGAUAUACUUUAAGAUCUACACACACUCAUCAGCUAAUGGCAUGGGAGUAAAAUACUUCAGUGGCAAACGUGUAAUAAAACCAGCCUCAGAGGCAGCACAAGAUGCAUGCAACAUCAUGGGCAAUAGAGAGUUCUAUAAUCAGAUGAUACAAGAUGCUUUAUAUCAAGAACAGAAGAAAAUCAGUGAUGAAACUGAUGUGACAACUUUGAAAGACUAUAUGCAGUAUUUAGCCAAUCUUGAUGAAACUCCAGCCAAGGAAGGAGGAAAGGAAAAUCUUUGGAGGAAAUUAACACAAGAUGUAAUUCCAAGGUAUACAAUAUUCCAUGAUGUGAUAGACUAUCUAUACAAUCAGAAACUUUCUCCCUCCUUGGCUGAAGAGCUUCCAACAUUACUCUCUCGUCCAAUCACACAAGAGAUACAACUACGACAAAUUAAACUCAUCUCAAGAAUAAGGACACCUCCUUUAGCACCAUGUUCCACCCCUAAAGGCAAGUUCAGCAGUCCCCAGUCAUCCACUGCUAGGAGGUCAAAACAAGCACGUAUCAGAGCACUGAAGAUGAAGAGAAUGUAUGGCCUUGAAGCAACAGAACAGAAGCCAUCAGAUAUUAGUGAAAAUCGUGAGACAAAACUGACAUUUGACCUCCCUAAUGAGGAUGAUGAUUUGGACAAAAUGGAUGAACAUUGGGAGAUUGAAGCUGAUAAACUUUAUGAAUGGACUCAAGACUUAAGUUUUGAAGACAUUUCAACCUCACCAAGGUUAAACUCUAUGGUGACUUGACAGAAGUUGACUUGUAUGUCAAGUCAUGUUCUACAAAAGAGGAGUUGAUUUAAAGCUUCUGAUUACCACGCCUAUAGUAAAUAUUGCAAUCAUGAUCAUGGUUUUGUUUUGAUACUUUGAAAAAUAUUGUCACAUUAAUCAGCACAUCUUUUUAUUUUAUAUUAAAGAGAACUCUGGUUUCUGAAAAAAUAGAUAGGCCUACUUCUCAUCAUUAACACGUGUGUACAAUGUAUGUACAGGAUUGAAAAAUAAAUGUACAAUGAAAGUGAAAUCUGAGUGUACAUGUGUUAAAAACCACCACUAAGUGCAGUGUCAAAAUUAUA